CCGCGUAUAGUCUUCCAUUGUGGAAUUGUUUUGUAUCAAAUAACUUGCAGACGUUUUUAGAUAAGUGUUUUUUAUUAGACAAUUAUCAGAUCGAUAGAAGAACUUUACAUUAGUAUCAGAAGUCAGGAAAGACGUCGCAAAAAGUGUCUUUGAAGAGUAAAGUCGAGUACGAGAAUGGAAUCACAUGAGAAGGUGGUCGCCUCACUGGAAAUGGCUGAACCCAAGAAACAGAUAAAGGACUUCGACGACCUGUUACCCCUGGUGGGAGAAUUCGGCUGGUACCAGCGGCUUCUGUUCCUCAUGAUGAUACCUUACGCUUUCUUCUUCGCUUUCGUCUACUUCGGUCAGAUAUUUAUGACGCUGGUGCCUGAACAGCAUUGGUGCUACGUUAAGGAGCUGCAGAACUUGACUGUGGAACAAAGACGACAUCUUUCCAUCCCCCGCCUUGAUGACAAAUACCACAAAUGCCUCGUGUACGAUGUGGACUGGACGAAAGUAAUACAACAUGGCGUCUCGGAGCCCGACACAAAAUGGCCGACCAAGAAAUGCGAGAAGCAAUGGGAGUACAACUUCACCGAUGUGCCUUAUGAGACUAUUGCCACACAGCUGAACUGGGUGUGCGACGAGGACAAUAAUGGGGCUACAGCUCAGUCUAUCUUCUUCUGCGGGGCGAUCGUCGGUGGUCUGCUUUUCGGAUGGAUCGCUGACAAGUAUGGAAGAGUGCCAGCGCUGGUCGGUACAAACAUGGUGGGUUUCAUAGCCGGCGUUGGAACAGCAUUCACCAACUCCUUCUGGUCAUUCUGCCUGUGCCGGUUCCUGGUCGGCCUGGCCUAUGAUAACUGCUUCAUGGUCAUGUAUAUCGUCGUGAUAGAGUAUGUAGGGCUAAAAUGGCGCACGUUCGUCUCCAACAUGUCCAUAGCUGUCUACUUCACAUUCGCGGCCUGUCUGCUACCCUGGAUCGCCUUAGGAGUGGCCGACUGGCGCGUGUAUACCCUGGUCAUUAGCGUGCCUUUAGUCUUGGCCGUGUUUACGCCCUGCUUGGUACCGGAGAGCGCCAGAUGGUUAAUUUCCCAAGGACGUAUAGAAGAGUCGAUCAAAAUACUCCAGAAAUGUGGGAAAGUCAACGGGAAGAAGUUACCAGACGAGAUAAUUAAGGAAUUCAGAGAGACCGCAGCAGAACUGGCCAAAUCAGAACAGGAGACCAAAAACUACUCCGCCCUGGACCUCUUCAAGAGCCCCCGUCUCCGCAAGCACAGCGUACUCCUGGUGCUGAUCUGGUGCUGCACGGCCAUGGUCUUCGAUGGUCACGUCAGGAACGUCGGCUCUCUGGGAUUGGAUAUGUUUCUGACGUUCACCGUCGCUACCGCCACUGAGUUCCCGGCUGAUGUGCUGCUCAUUUCUGUCUUAGAUAUACUGGGUCGGCGUUGGCUCGCUUUUGGUUCCAUGGUGGUCAGUGGGAUUUUCAGUUUUCUGGCCACAACUGUAGCUCAAGGCAUACCAACGGCGUCCCUAGCCAUCGUCGGCCGCUUCGCCGUGAACAUCGCAUACAAUAUCGGCAUGCAAUACGCAGCAGAGUUAUUACCCACAGUAGUGAGAGCGCAGGGAUUGGCUCUCAUACAUAUAGCUGGAUAUGUCGCUACUAUACUCGUUCCAUACAUUGUUUAUAUGGCAACUAUAGCCGUCUACAUCCCUCUCCUGAUCCUGGGCGCCCUGGGCAUCCUGGGCGGGACCCUGUGCCUGUUCCUGCCGGAGUCCAUGGGCAAGACCAUGCCGCAGACCAUACAGGAUGGCGAGGACUAUGGGCGCGAGCAGAGGUUCUGGGAGUUUCCUUGCUGCGGAAGGAAAAAUCUGCCUAACAAAGAAGACGUUGAGACGGUUGAGAAGUAUUAAAUUAGCCAAGAUUGUUAUCACUACCACAGAAUAAGUAAUAGUAUUAUCAUACAGAACGGCCACGCACCGCCCCGCCCCGACUCGCAUUACCUCGCCCCGCGAUGGCGUCCUCUCAGUAGCGACUUACCCACACAGACACAAUGACGCGUGUACAGACGUGCCGCGCACAUAUAAACGCAAAUGAUUUUUGAUGUAUGGCGUGUCCGCCCUGUGUCACCUAUAAAUUCGUUUUUUUAGCAUUAGAAAAAAGGUAAACAAUCUUGAUGUGUCUUUUUAUUGAAAAAUAAGUCACGGCAAAUAUUAAAAUCAUAUUUUGGUUGGUCUAUUUUGUAUACGAGAGUAAAAUUUUUUUCGCGAUUUCGAGGUUGGUCCCAUAGUGAAAGUUGCUCAGAUUAAUCCCAAAACCUCCUUGGCAACAGGAAUGCAUUUGUUUUUUAGCCACCGUCUUAGAGCAUUUAAGGCCACCGUGUAUAACUUGUCUAAAUACAUUUUUAUUUGUAACAUAAUACGCUUGUAUGAAUUGCCAUGAAUUAAUAAUUCUUGAAUAUAACUGACCAUGUGACACCUAAUUUCUUUAGAAUAAGGUUCUUUUAAGAAUAAGGUUCAUAAAUUGUAAAUAAACUGU